AAUGCUUUUUUUUUGUUCUCUUUAAUACAAGAUGAUCUUUCUAAUCAAAUAAAUCUAUUAAAUAAAUUUCAAUAAGAAAACUAUAAUUAAUCAGUUUAAAAUUAUAUUGAACUCUUUACUAUUUGGUAUGUAAAGACACUUCAGGAUAAAUCCAUGGAUACAGAGUCAACAUCUUUACAGACUAUUUUCCUCUUUUAAGCUGCAAAAAAAACAGUGUGUUGAAAGCAAAUCACCAAUAUAAACAAAUAGAAAUUGUUCAAAUUAAUAAUAAAUAGCUCAUUGAUAAUUGUGUUUUUCAAAGUAUAUUUAAAUAUUGAAAAUGUCUCAACAUCAAUCUAAACAAUCGACAACAAUCAAGGAACGAGAUACUUUAUAUAAAUUAAUGAUCAGUCAACUGUUUUAUGAUGGAUACCAAUCAAUUGCUCAUCAGUUGUCUGGAGCUAUACAACUAAAUCUGAAUCAUUUGGCAUCACCACCAUCAGACCGACUUGCUCAUCUGGUUGGAUUAGGUUUAAAAACUGAAGGAGAAAAUAAAGAACAAGAAUCAUUAUUAGCCCCACCAAUAUCUGGAAUUGAUUUAGAUUUUGACACAGAAUCUCAUUGUUCAGCUCCUGAACCAAGCACUUAUGAAACUGUUUAUGUAACUGCUCAUAAAGGUCCUUGUCGAGCUGGUGCAUUUAAUAUUGAUGGUUCAUUAGUGGCUACUGGAUCUCAAGAUGCUUCUAUCAAAAUAUUAGAUGUUGAAAAGAUGAUUGCAAAAAGUAUUGGAACUGUAUCAGAAGAUCCACAAUCUAAUCAAACACCAGAAGCUCAUCAUCCUGUUAUAAGAACAUUAUAUGAUCAUUUAGAGGAAGUUACAUGUCUACUUUUUCAUCCAACGGAACAAUUACUUAUUUCUGGAUCUCAAGAUUUAACUAUCAAAAUUUACGAUUUUGCUAAACCAGCAGUAAAACGAGCUCUUAAAACAAUCAAUGAAGCAUCAGUAUUACGUUGUAUGUCAUUCCAUCCAUCGGGAAACUUUUUACUUGUUGGAACACAACAUCCAACUGUUCGUUUAUACGAUAUCAAUACCUGUCAGGGUUAUGUUGGACCUAAUCCUAGUGAUCAACAUUCUGGUCCCAUAACUGCAUGUAAUUAUUCAUAUAAUGGUGGAAUUUAUGUUACAAGUUCAAAAGAUGGAGAAAUAAAAGUCUGGGAUGGAGUAUCAUCACGAUGUAUCAACAAUUUUCCACGAGCUCAUGAUGGUCAUGAAGUAUCUUCUGUUAUAUUUUCUCGUAAUGGUAAAUAUAUACUUUCAUCUGGUAAAGACUCAUUGGUAAAGUUAUGGGAAUUAUCAAUGUCUCGUUGUCUUAUUGCAUAUACUGGAGCUGGUACAGCGGGUAAACAAAUGCAUAGAGCUCAAGCAGUCUUCAAUCAUACAGAAGAUUUUGUUUUAUUUCCUGAUGAACGGACAACUAGUCUUUGUGUUUGGGACUCAAGGAAUGCUGAAAGACAAAAACUUUUAAGUUUAGGACAUAAUAAUACUGUUAGAUAUUUCAUUCAUUCACCUGUAUCACCAGCAUUUUUAACGUGCUCAGAUGAUUAUAGAGCAAGAUUUUGGUAUAAGAAACCUGAUUUAUCAACAAAUUAGAAAUAUAAAUUGUAUAAAAAUUUCCUAAAUUGCUAAAUUAUUGUAUAAUCUUCAUGUUAUCAAUCAAAAUUAAAAAAAACAUAGAUUCUACUUAAAAACUUUUGUGUGUAAAGUUUUAUCUAUUAUAUGAAAA